AUGUCUUUCCUCCUCGCGGGCGCAUGGGAUCAAGCCUAUGGAUGGAACUCCCUCACCGCCGACGAGCGCACCACCAUCAAGUCUGAGUGCGUCAACGCCGGCAUUAAGCUGAUCGUCGCCGUCUUCGGCGCUGCUACAGGACCUCCGUUGCAGCUGCGCUCGGACUUGCCUGCCGGCGAUUGCAUCGUCCCCCAUGCGCGGGGCGGUGGGGGCUAUCUCGCCGUUAACGAGAAGGUCGGCGACCUCAUCGGCUGGAAUAAUAUCCAGUUCUACAACCGUGCGCUCCCUUCUCUCUCUUCUCCUCCCCUCUUCUCUCCCCCUGCCCUUCUCUUCCCCAUCUCCUCGUUCUUCUGCGCCUCCAACACCACUUCUUUCACAGAAUAUACCUCAUGCUAUUCCCUUCCAAACACCUCUUCCUCCACCUGGCCCGAGUCCGCCCUGUUCGAGAUCAUCACCAACAACGUCGACGCUGACAAGCUCGUCAUCGUAAAGCCCGCGACCUCGGGCGACGCCAAAUACGAGUACAUCGCGCUCGAGACGCUCGCGAAGUGCCUGCAGUCGGCGAAGGCCGCGGGCUGGCGGGCGACAACGGUCUCGUUUUUCGUGACUCGGACACUGCAAGGUACUGACAGUUCAAACGUAUGCAAACGCUAG